UUCAAUUUAAAUCACUGAAAAAUUGCUUCAAAAUACUCCAAAAUUGCUUCAAAUGUCUGAUAUUCGAGAAGAAAUUAAACAAUCACAACAAAAAGAGUAAGUAAUUUCGUUAGUUUUGUUCAUUUUUUGAGAUUGUAGUGCAAUUUUAUGUGUGAAACCUUAAUUUUGUUCAUUUUGUUGCGAUUGUAGUGCGAUUUUGCAAAAAACCACUACAGAGAAGAACAUGAAAGAAGAAACUGCAAAAUCGGAGCAAAAUGUAUCUAAAGAGUAAGUAAUUUUGUUCAUUUUCUUUCGAUGACAAUUAUAGUGCGAUUUUAUGUGUGAAACCUAAUUUUUGUUCAAUUUUUUGCAAUUGUAGUAUGAUUUUGGAGAAAAAUACUUCACAGACGAGUAAUUUGUUGAAAAUUUCUGAAGAAAUGUAUGAACCCUAACUUUUGUAAAACCUAAUUUGUUCAUAUUCUUGCGAUGAAAAUUAUAGAGCGAAUUUAUUUGUAAAACCUAAUUUUUGUUAAAAUUUUUUGCGAUUGUAGUAAUUGUUCUAAGAUUUUACUGAAAAUAACUAAAACAUUAACAAUUUAUUAAAUAAAACAGAGACGAUGAUGAUGAUGUACCUCUUCAGUCAAGAGUAGACAAAUUGAAAAAAAAACCGCCAAAAUGAUCCAAUUGUAGAUCCGGAACUUUUAAAAGAUAUUGACAAGUCAAUUGGUACGGAUUUAACAAUGUCUCCACUACCAAGUGAACAAAGUGAGAACAUUCCUGCUACUAAUGCAACAACUAAGAGUGUGUCUGCUACACAUAACACAACUGACAAAGAGAGUAGGGAUGAAAGCAAGCAAGAAGAAGUUCAACCAAAAGUGCAAAGCAAUCCAGUAAAGAAUAGUCUUGGCCAAAAAAAACCCAAAGAUGAUUCAAGAAUAACAACAUUAAAGGACAAGAUGCAAGAAAUACAUUUAGACAUAGAGAGAAACCCAAAAAAGUACAAAGAAUCGACAAUCAGAAUUAUGAGAAAUCUCAAAAGAAUGGAAAAGGCAAGCAAGGAAAUCAGGAAAGGUGAAGCAAAAAAGAAAGAAAAAGGGCCAAUAGAAGAGAAAACUGUGGAAAAAGAAGUACAAGAAGGAAAAAAAGGGACUGAAAAAGAGAAAAGCCCUAAAGACAAAACUGUGGAAGAUGUCUUUCCAAAGACAACAAAUGUAGAAGAAGGACAAGAGGGAAAAAAAGAGCCUGAAAAGGAGAAAAUCCCUAAAGAGAAAACAGUGGAAGAUGAGUCUACAAAGACAACAGAUCCGAAAGCACAAAUUGCACCUGAUUUUGUUCAAAUUGAGGAUGAAACUUAUCUUCUAGAUCAAGAUGAUGAUAAAGUUUCCACAAAACUUAGUGAGGAGACAGCUCCAUCAUCACAAAAAAGUGAUCAGUCAACCAAAAUGAAAACAAGAUACAAAAUGGUUGCAAGGAAAAACAAAAACAAAAGCCUUGUUGUUGUGCCAAGUGGUAGAAUUACAAGGAGCCAAGAUGUUCUGUUAGAUGAAUCUGAAAAGGGAAGCCUGAAGAAGGAUGUUGAACCUGCUAAAGAAACCGCAAAAAUAGGACAGAAGAGAAGAAUGUCUACAAGGAAUUUUCCUAUUCAAAAGGAAGCUGAUGCACCACCUCCAGCACCUACUCCAAUAAAAAAAAUGGCAGGUGCUCCUGCUGAAUAUCCUCCAGACCAAGGCAAAAAGGGUGGGAAAAAGAAAACUCUAGAAGAAGUGAAGAAAACUUCUAAGGUUGCUGGCAAAAGAAAAGCAGAUGUCAGUCCUGCCAAGAGAAAUGCUGGAAAGAGAAAAAAAAUACAAGAAGUACCAUCAGAUGAACCCUCUCAAGAUCCUACUGAUGAAAGUUCUACUGACAGUGAUGAUGAUAGUGAAGAGUCAGUUUAUAGAGCAGAAGAAGAGCCUGUCAGUGAGGAUGAUUAUGAGGUGGAGGAAGAGGAGGAAGAGGAAGAAGUAAAGCUAAGGAAGAAACAGGCAAAGAAAGGGAAUUCAGUGAAGGCAAAGGUUGAAAAGGAGGAGCAAAAGAUGGUACUGUAUGAUGAAGGAAAGAUUGAAGGUAGGAGAAAAAAGAAAAUGAAAACUGAAAUGGUUCAAGCAAUAGAAACUGAUGAAGUUGAGGAAAUUCAGGAAGAUGAAUUUGAGGAAGAGAAAUCUUCAAAGAGAGGAGGACAUGUGAAGUUCAUUGCAUGGAUAAAAAAGAUGACACCUACCCAAAAACAACAAAUUAUUGAUAUAGGGUUAGGAUCACUUCUUGACAUUAGUUUACCUCAACUUGAUCAAAAGUUCUGUAACUGGUUAUUGGGAAGUUUUGAAGAAAAUAGCCAGUGUUUUGAACUACCAAAGAAUGAAAAAAUAGAAAUUGAGGUAGAGGAUGUUAGGGUAGUUUAUGGCUUGCCUACAGGAGAAAUUCCAAUUGUUGAGCCAAAGUCUGAUAAAAUUAGUGAGGAGUAUGCAGAAUUUCUGAAGAAAUGGAGAAAAUCAUGGUCAGGAAAAACUCCAUCAGUGAGUCAGAUUGUGAAUGGAUACAUAAAUGAUAAAUUCACCAACAACAGACCACCAAGUGAACAUUUCAUUACUAACUUUUUAGCAGUGGCUGUGAACUGCUUGAUGAAAUGUGUAUCAAACAAUCAAUGCCAUUUCAAAUUUCUUUAUUCUAUGAUGGACAAAGAAAACAUAAAAAAUUUGAACUGGUGUCAGUUUGUAUAUGACUCACUUAUCAAAUGUCAUGUUGAUUGGAGAAAGCAGCAAGGCAAGGGGUUCUACAAAGGCCCUCUUCAAUUUCUGAUGUUGUUCUAUUUUGAUAGAGUUCAGAGGUUAGACAAAAGGCCUCCAAGAACAAUUCCUAUCAUAUCUGCAUGGAAUAGAGACAUGGUUCUUGAGAGGUUGAAGAUUGAAUUAGAAUUGGGAUUUGGGAGAGGGAAAAUUCUACCAAGGAUUGCUGCAGAAGUUGAAGAAAGUCCUAAGGUUUUUAUGGAUGAUUUUGUUUCCCUGGUAAAAACAACUUGUUCAAACCUGUCAAAGCUUUCUUCAAAAUUGGUGAAGGCAAAGGAUAUCUUCCCUGGAAAUGACUUGGUGAAAAAAGUUGAUGAAGUUUUAGGAAAGGUGGUAGCUAGGGAACCAUCAAUUCUAAGCCAAGAUGAAGAAUUCUUUGGCAGUGAGGAUUUCCUAAAUGCACUUGCACAAGCUAAGAAGAAUCUGAUGCAAGGGUCUGAAAAGCAAACAACUGAGAAGCAAAUGACUGGGAAGAAAUUAACCAAAAAGGGAAAGGAAAAAGAACAAGAAUAUGACAUCAGAAAAGCUUUCAGCUUGGGGUUGACUCCACCUUCUCCAGCCAUUGAAACAGGGCCCACCUUUUCAACACUUGGUGAUAUAAUUGAACAACCAAUAAUUUCAACAAAUGCUGGAGAAAAGGAUGUGGGUAAAACUUCAGCAGCUUCAGAACAAAGAAUUGAAGAAUUUUCUAGAACUGCAACUGGUUCAAAAUUUGAUGCUGACACUAGGUCAGAUAAUGAAGGAUUGCCUAGAACAGGAUCUGGUUCAGUGGUUGAUGCUGACCCUAGGUCAGAUGGUGGUGAAAAAAGUGAUGAUCCAAAAAACACAGUUGGAGGUGGAAAACAAAACAAGGAAGAUGAUAAAAUAUCUAGAUGGAACAAUUUAACUUAUGUUACUAUCGUGUUGUAA